AUGGUUGAACAUUGUGCGCCUGCAGUUUCAUCGAGGAAGGCUCGGGUAGAACCUGUAAAUAAUGCGGCAUCGGAAAAUAGAAAAUUACGAAAUCGUCUCUCGCAGAAAGCCUUUCGAGCUCGACAAUCGUUGUACAUCAAAGAUCUUGAGAAAAAGCUUGAAUGGGCCUCAAAGCCCGAAUCAGAUCAGAAUGCCAAGCUGGAAGAGACAAACAGUAUACUGCGUGGUCAAUUGCUCGAUUGCCAUAAGAAAUUAGAGAGCUUUCAAGUGACGUUAAAAGCUCUCGCGGAUUCUGUGGCAUAUGCUUUGGGAAUCGAGAAAACUCCCUUGGACGUUGAACCUACAGCUCACGCGAACGAUGAUAGUGAUGAUGCCGAACCCGAAGGACCGCCUGCGCAAGAUGAAGGCAAGAAUGAACGAAACGGACAAAGUGAAUGGACUCCCAAUAAUGAACCAUCAUUAAGCUCUAACUUUUACGAUUUUUCCGAUAUACCUGCUGCGAAUGUCCCAUCACAAAAUGUACAAACUCUCCGUCUCUCCCCGAAACCGCGAGCACCCCCAUCAAACCUUCACGACAAAGGCAAUAUCGAAAACGGGACACUCGUCACUAGCAACUUGCCACGAUUGGCUUCAAAUGAUUUGCCGCAUUUUUCUGCACGUGAAAUCUAUAACCCGACACAUUUGACUAUCUCCAGCUCAUACGAACAAAUGAUGGGAACAGUUCAGUAUAACAGUUACCUUGGAAAUGAUUCUUUGAUUACUCAAGACCAACCUUUACAGGUCAACCAUACGAAUUCAGCCUUUUCAGAUCACAUCACCGUUUUCGAGAAUGUCUUGAGGCAAAAAUUGAGCAAGUCAACAGCACUGAUUCGAAGUAAUGAAAGGUGCGCUCCUCUCCCACUUGAAUAUUAUUCUUUGGAAGAUCACGAUCUAAUACGACCUGAGCUUAUUAUUACUAGCAUUUCGAAUUCGGCAUAUAUCAUGCUAUCUACUUUCAUUUGUGCAUCAUGGCCUGCUAUGACAACCUGGCAUUGUGCUACUAAAGCUCAUGUACCUAUUACCAAGGUCAUCACGUAUCAUGUCAAUCCAACAGCUGCUACAUACGCUGACCUCGUCACAAACGGAGCAUGGCUACCAACGAAAAUACAAAUGUCCAUUCCCCACCCAGCAAUAAUAGAUUGGAUACCAUUCCCAUCGUUACGAGACAAGCUUAUCCUUUGCCACUCAGCUAAUCCAUGUCUGGAUCAAAUUAUUUGUGAAAUUGGGGUUAGUUAUGUAGUGGAAGCCGAUGUUUCUAAACUCGUUAUGGGAACUGGUGCCGCAACGGGUAAUAUAGGUGUCUGGGAUUUGGUUCGAGCAAUGUCAGGGGGAACGAAGGAAUCAGCAUUUUCAAGCGAAGAUAAUAUUUCAUGGGAUGAGAUUUGCAGAGCUAGCUUCGAACUCAACAAGCAAAUGCGAGAGGGAAAUGUCUUGCAGGGUCUCCCUAUGGAACCGCUUGCAACACUGCCCGCACCGAAUGUCGCAGCUCUGUUCAACUCAAAGCAAUUGGCUCUUUCAACUUUUGUAGCUCUGGGAAUGAAUCAAGGCGUGGCACAAUACAAAUUAGAUUCGGCGUUUUUUGAGAGGCAUCCAGAACUUUAUGAUGGUAGUGCAGGGAUAGUAGCAAAUGGUACACGAUUAAGACCAUCUGAUCACUUUCCAAUGCCAGGGCCGAGAUUAUUGAAUGAGGGAAUUUUGAAUUGCUAUAGGAACUUGGCUGCAUGGGCAUUGGAUACGGGAAUCUGA